UGGCGAGGUGGAGGUGGGCGUGGCUCUGCCUCAGAGGGAGCAGGUGGUCUUACGCUCGGAAUGGCGGCGGUGGCUGUGUCUGUGGCGGCGCUCAGAGGGUCCCUGGGAGGGCGGCGCUGCUUCUGGUUCGGGAUACCUAGGAAAGUAACCCUCAACUGGCAUUCUUCAUCUUUCUUUUCAUCUUCUUCAGUGCCAACAACCAAGCUGUUCAUAGAUGGAAAGUUUGUCGAGUCCAAAAGCAACGAAUGGAUUGAUAUCUACAACCCAGCCACCAAUGAAGUGGUUGGUCGUGUCCCAAAAGCCACACAGACUGAGAUGGAAGCAGCAGUGGCUUCAUGCAAAAAAUCAUUCCAGAAUUGGUCUGAAACAUCAAUUCUGAGUCGUCAGCAAGUAUUUCUCCGAUAUCAACAGCUCAUCAAAGAUAAUCUGAAAGAAAUUUCAAAACUGAUCACCUUGGAGCAAGGGAAGACCCUGGCUGAUGCAGAGGGAGAUGUGUUCCGAGGCCUCCAGGUUGUUGAACAUGCUUGCAGUGUGACAUCCCUUAUGCUGGGUGAGACCCUUCCCUCCAUCACUAAAGACAUGGACACCUACACAUAUCGCUUACCUCUGGGAGUGUGUGCAGGCAUCGCACCCUUCAAUUUCCCAGCCAUGAUUCCUCUGUGGAUGUUUCCCAUGGCCAUGGUGUGCGGAAACACUUUCUUGAUGAAACCUUCAGAACGUGUACCUGGAGCCCUUAUGUUUCUUGCUAAGCUGCUGCAGGAUGCUGGAGCCCCUGAUGGAACACUGAACAUUAUCCAUGGGCAACAUGAAGCUGUGAAUUUUAUUUGUGACCAUCCUGAUAUUAAAGCUAUCAGUUUUGUGGGAUCUAACCAGGCUGGUGAAUAUAUCUAUGAAAGGGGUUCUAAGCAUGGAAAAAGAGUCCAAGCCAAUAUGGGAGCUAAGAACCAUGGAGUGGUGAUGCCAGAUGCCAAUAAGGAAAAUACUCUGAAUCAAUUGGUUGGCGCCGCUUUUGGAGCAGCUGGGCAGCGGUGCAUGGCUUUAUCUACAGCAAUCCUAGUAGGAGAGGCUAAGAAAUGGCUGCCAGAGCUGGUGGAGAGAACUAAAAAACUGCGAGUCAAUGCAGGAGACCAACCUGGGGCAGAUCUGGGCCCCCUGAUCAGCCCCCAAGCCAAGGAGCGUGUCUGUCAGCUGAUAGACAGUGGAGCAAAGGAAGGGGCUAGCAUUCUCCUUGAUGGACGAAAUAUCAAAGUAAAAGGUUAUGAAAAUGGCAAUUUUGUUGGACCAACUAUCCUUGCUAAAGUCAAGCCUAAUAUGACCUGUUAUAAGGAGGAAAUCUUUGGACCAGUUCUAGUGGUUCUGGAAGCUGACAGUUUGGAUGAAGCAAUAGAAAUUAUAAAUAAGAAUCCCUAUGGGAAUGGAACAGCAAUCUUCACUACAAAUGGCGCCACUGCUCGGAAAUACUCCCAUUUAGUGGAUGUUGGGCAGAUUGGUGUGAACGUUCCAAUUCCAGUGCCUUUGCCAAUGUUCUCCUUUACUGGCUCUCGUGGUUCCUUCAGGGGAGACACCAAUUUCUAUGGCAAGCAGGGAGUGCAAUUCUAUACACAACUGAAGACAAUCACUUCUCAGUGGAAAGAAGAGGAUGCCACCGUUGCCAAGCCUGCUGUAGUAAUGCCAACUAUGGGAAACUAAAGCAGCUUGUUAUAUCUGUUAAGAGAUGCCACUGAAAGUAUUUUGGUCUAUUAUUUUUUGAUAUUCCGUGUUGCCCUUGAUGUACAAAGACCCUUUGUGGCUGCAGAAAUAAUCCAAUUUGAUCCCAGUUUAACUGCCAUGGAAUCCUGGGAUUUAUAGUUUGAUGGGGCACUAGAGCUCUGAGAGAGAAGGCUAAAUGUCUCACAAAACUUUAAUUCCCAGAUUUGCUUGGCACUGAGCCAUGGCAGUUAAAGUGGUAUCAAAUGAUUAUUUCUGCAGUGCAGAUGCAGUCCAUGUAAAAUCAUAUUGGCCAAAAUUCUUUAACACAAAAUUUAGAUUUUUUUUCUUUUAUAUAUCAAAAUCAAGUUUGUUUUUCUUGUAGAGGAAAUAGUCUGCUGUGAGUAAUCAGGUAAAAGUAAAUAGCUUCUUUUGCCCCAUUCAUGUAACACUAUUCAAGAAUCUACAAUCUGUAUUCCAUGACAUGUUGUUUUUAACUAUCAAUUCCUGAUGUUGCUGUUGUCACUGUUUUCACAACUUAUAUAUCCUAUCGUUUCCAGGUGCCUUUCUCAGUUCUUCCCCUUCCCCAAGGAACUCCGAAUAUCAUAGAGAAUUUUAGUUUCUUAUAACAUGACUGAAUGGCAAAUCCAGCUUUUUCUAAAUGAGUAGUUUUCAAGAUUUUCACAUGCAAGAAAUAACUGAUCCAAGUUCAUGGUCUUGAAGAGUUAGCAAAACUGCACCUUCCUUAGAAUGUUACUUUCCAUCAUAUGUGGAAAUAGUACAAUGACUACUGUUCAAGAUGAACAGAUGUGCCUACAUACUAUUUAUGCACUGAAUAUUUUUUAUAAGAAGAAUGAGUGUGAUUGGUUUCUAGAAGGCUACACAAUUGUGGAAUGGAAAGAAUAUUUUUAAAGCAGUUUGUUUUCAGAACAUCACUUUAGUUGGGAUAUUACUUCCCAAUGCAAAACUAUAUGUAUAGAAUUACUAGCACUACCCACAGGCAAGUUUCUGAUUAGCUAGAUGUGAUGUACAAUGGCACGGGGUGGAAUGAACGAUACAGUUGUGUAAUUUAGGAUUCACAAGGUUUUAAAAAGUUUGAAGAGACUCACAAGGUAUAUCAUUGAACAUGGAAACUUUACUGUUGCUUUUUGUUGUCUAAUCAAGUAAAUUGGAUUCCUUUAAUAUUAUUCCUUUUGCAACUGGGAAGUACUUCAAUUAAACACAAUCAGUUGAAAUGGUUUUUCAUCCAUAUGCUAGAAAAUCUCACAUUGCUGUUAAUCAUGAAUAAAAUGGCUAUUAAAUGUA